UCCAACAACCACUGGCAACAGCCACUGCAUUCACUUCAUGAAGCUCUCAACUACAAGGUCACACACGAUCUUCUUAUUCUGACGAGCCACAACAAGCCACUGGCCAAUCAACUCUUUGCGUUUCUUCAUCACUAUGCCAAGCAGCAGAUUCUACCAAUCCUCGAAACGACACUCUCUCCGACAACAAAGGAGGACGACGAAAACGUUUUCUUUGUCGAGCAAGAGGUCACACGGUCCAUUCAACAAGCCAUUCAAUGGGCGGGCAUUUUGAAAACUGUUCUGGCGGAUGCACCACCCUCGCUCAUAAUAUUGCAUGACAAUGAUGAUGACAUGCUCGAAUUCUGUGAAUCCUUUCUCCAUCAAAUCAUGACCUGUCGCAUGGUGCCCGUCGAUUCCCUCAGCAACUUGGGCAUGGCGUACAGUCGUGUAGUGUUGCUGCUGAGAAAAAGAAAACAGGUCCAAGACGAGGACCUAGCGCAACUCGUGGACAAUCUCGUGGCCCAACAACUGUCCGAUAUGACCACCAUUGCCAUGAUUCAGGGGCUCGCCGCGACGGCACCAAUCAAGGUCAUGUUGCACACGUCACCGUGUUUCAUGCAGUACUUUCAACGGCUGGCCCAUCAUUCAGACCCAGGAGUACGUCUGGUAGCUCUCAAGGGCAUUCACACAUUAAUCAGUCGAUGUUAUACUCUUUGUAUUGCAACAACCGCAACCACACCAGUGACAACGUCAGAGCUGGAAGCCAUUCAAGACAUGACCGAAGGAACCCUCGAAAUGGUCUUGGCGGCAUGGGAGAACCCACCCAAUCGGAGAUUAGGCAGUGCCAUACAAUCCCUGUUUCAAAAACUGAUUGCAUUGAUGCAAGAGUUGGGACAACAACAGAUAACAACACUCGAGACCACAUCAGCAGCAGACAGUAUUGUCAUGGAAGAUGCCGCCAACAUGACGAAACUAGUCAUGCGACUGCUGGCACAGCCAUCGAAUCGAAGAGGACGGUACAAGGCGUUGGAAACAUUGCUGCCAAUCGUUGGUGCACGGAAAAUCCUUGAAUUUGGUGGGAAAGGGAAACUGAUGGAAGCGCUCUUGGGCGGCAUUGGAGAUCGGAACAGCCACAGCGCGGGGGUGAUUGCGGAUUUAUGGGAAAAGAUACUCUCCGAUUUGCUUUUGGACAUGUUGUUGUUGGACACAGCAGCAGGGGGGUUGGCCAGCGGUGACGACGACAACAAGGGGGGCGAUCCAAAAGUGAGUGAGAAGAAAAAGCCUGGAGGCAUCAAGGAUUUCUCGUCAGAUUUGAUUCAACGAGUGCUCCCCAAGUGGUGGGAUGUGUGGGUUCCCAAUUUGGCAUCAGCGUUGCUUUCGGAAACUGCAUCUCGUCGCAAACAUGUGGCAUCGUUUUGUCUGCCCAGAGUGGUUGCCAUGGUUGGAGGGAGAAAGAGACGCCAAGAAGCGUCGUCAACGUUUGCCUGUCUUUUGAGAACCAUACACAGCACAGCAAUAUCAGAAUCUGGAAGCUCGUCGGGAAGUGUCAUUCUUGCUGCACCUGAUCGAGAAUUGUGGGCCACCCUUGAGGUCAUUAGGCAUGCUCAUAUGGAAAAACUUGUUGACAAUUCACCAGAGAGUGCAAGUCUGAAUGAGAUCAUUCAAGCAAAUAUGACUAUGGAAAAAUUUAGAUCUGCUUUGAAGCAUUCCUACUCUGCAAUCAGGUUGGUCGCUUUUCAAACAAUUCGCGCCGUGGUCAAUGCUCGUGGGAUGAAUGCCAUAUCAACAAUUGAGCAAGAGAUCGAGCUUUGGAAAGAGUCCUUUCCGUAUGCAACGAGCAGUGAUGGGAAGGAGUACAUGUCAAGCUUGAUGCAGUGCUUGAUAGUUUCUUUGGAUCGUAUCGCUAAUGAAGAGUCGGCGUCACUCGCGAAGCAGAAGGAAGAUGACAACUCACCUGAGAACGGCAUGAUUUCGGAACCACGGUUUCUUUCCUUUGCUCGGGACUUUCUCGUUUUCGAAGUGGCUAUGGGGCAAACAGCUUAUCCUGGUUCUAUCUGCGAGAAAGAAAGUUUCGCGAUUGAACUACUUGAGCACAUUACAGAUUUCGCGGCGAGGGAACCAAGGUUUGCCACAAAGAAUGCCGCAAUAUACGAGCGGAAGUGGCGGGCCAGUGAGACGGAAGCUGCAAACCAGAUCUUGGAUGCCCUGUUAAGCCGAGAAUCCUUGGCGACAAUCUUUUCCUUGAUGCACUCCCAGUGGGAUGGGACACGUUCAGCUGCGUAUCGCCUUCUCUUUAGGCUAGUUCUUGUUGGAGAGUCAAAUUGCAUGAGGCUCCCAGUCGAAUUCACAUCAGCGGAAAUUCGGUCGGGUAUGAUGGCUCGAGCUGUCUUCCUCGCUUCCUCGCCGCGUCAGCGCGAAUCGGAUACGGGUGCUCGAGUCCUAGCUUUUCUCUAUUUUUCGCUUGACGAAACUGGAAAGUGGGCUUAUUUGAAGGACAUCGUUGAUCUCCUUGAAACUCGACUGUCAGCCAUGAAAGUCCAACUUGCAAGUCUACUGUCUGGGAAGAUCGACCCUGAGUCUUCACGUCAUGCGACAAGAUUGCCGCUGGCUCACGGACUGAUUCAUUCGUUGCAGCUCAUAAUCUCACAAGUGACGAAUGCAUCAUCAGACAAUGCCUCGGAAGACUCCAAUCCUGAACACCCCGAUCUUUUCGAACGAAUGGCUCAAUUGUUCUGUCAAGCUAUACAGGUUUCGUUGAACGUUGUCGCCGACUUGAAGGAAGGCGCUGUGAUGGAAGGGAUGGAUGAAGACAUAAUCACUGAAACCACCGACGAUUACAGUGACGGCACUCCCUUGAACGUCAACACCGGCGCUAUUGGCGCAAAUGGCACAUUUUCUUUGGUGAAUCCAACAGAGAAAGAAGAGCACGAACGGCGAAUAGCGAUUCAGCGCAUUGUCAUGGGAUCUUGGUUGCUCACGAAGGAAACCUGUGAGGCUCUAGCGACAUUGCUCACUAGUAGUAUAGCAUGGCAUCCUUCGGAUUCGAUUCUCAAGCAAGCUGGUGGGCUUUUGAUCAGCACCUUGAUCUCAUUGAAGCAUGCGGGUGCUGCGUUUGCAGCCUCGAGAGCUUUGCAGCAGAUCGCAGAGUAUUGCUUCAAUUCAAGCGAUAUCCAUGUCGGAAGGCUUCCUUCUCUGUGGGCAAAUCGGCUUCUGGAUGAGAUAUCAUCCGCUGAAAGAGUUCGAGAUUCUACCCUUAGGCGUAGUACAGGCUAUGCCCUGGGAUUUCUGGCAAUCAUGAGAUCCGAAGUUUCGUCUAAUGUCGAUCCGCACAGGCUUUGUCCAUUUAUUCUGGCGAAACUUGUCCAACUUACUAUACCUCCAAGGAAAGAUUUGGAACAUUGUUUUGACAAGCUCAAGUUGCCUCAGGCAAUUCGUUUGUCAUUUGCUUCAGAGAUGGAGCCUGAAGCAAUGAAAGAUGGGACGAGCAACGAUGACUUCGAGAUCCGACGCAGAGUGCACGCACUGAACGUUCUUCGACUAAUUAUUCUUGACGCACCCUUGGCCAGAGAAGUUGGUCCCAUCAUCGGGUCUGCCUUUAUCUGGGGUAUCAUCGGUUACUACGACAGCUCAUGGGCAGUCAGAAACUCCAGCACCAUGGUUUUUGCUGCUUCAAUGUUGCGCACAGUCGAUGCCGACAAGAAUGCCAAAGUUGUAAAUACAACAAGCUCCAAUGCUAUCACAGCAGCGGAGCUCUUUAAGAGCUAUCCCCUCCUGCCCACUUUCUUGACUGCCGUUUUGGUUUCAGAGGCCGACAACACUGCCACAUCUACAAGCGGGAUGUCAACACCACCUGCGUUCCCAAUUCUCUUGCUUCUUUCCAGAAUUCAGCCGAUGUCAAGCUCGGGAAUAGAGUCAAGAGAAUUGACCGAGCCUUUCAUCCCACUUGUCUACAAGAGCUUGCGAGCACGGCAUCUUGCUCUCCGGUCGGCUGCCUCUAGGGCACUCUCCAACUUAUGUUCCGGCUCGCAAGGUCAGUGCGCCUCCUCAGUAGGCUCAAUACUGGAUGAUUGUCACUGGCUCGUCGUUGAUGCGAUCGCGGAGAGAGACUGGAAUGCUGUCCACGGGGGACUUUUGGGCAUCAAACAUUUGUGCGCCAGAUAUCAGGGAGCAAUCGCUGCCCUUCAAGAGUCGGGGUUGUUGCUGUACUUUUCGAAUGUCACGAAAGCUGGCAUGCAGCAACAGCCAUGGCCACCCCUUUGCACUUCAGUUGUUUUGGAAAUACUGGAAGCAGCGCAUGCAUAUGACGCCCCUUGGAACCAGGAGAGGGAAAGCACGUGGCAGCAGUUCAAUAUGUCGUUGGAGAGGCCUAUCUUAAGUGCAGCAGGGGCAUCCGAGCUAGCGAUCACAAACGGAGAGAUUCUUUGCCGUGAGCUCGUACCACGAGUCUGGGAUACAACGUCGUCAGACGAGGACCACGAAAAAGCUAUGUCAACGCUCUUAGGGCUCCUGACAUCCAAAUGCUUGGACGUUCGGUUGUAUGCUUGCAAGGCUUUCAAGAAGUCCAUUUAUGAAAGCAUUGAUUGCUUUGUCGCCCGGAGGCAUGGCGAUUGCUCCACACGAUUGCAGAAGAUCUUGAACACGCUACUCUCUGCGCUCGAGUCAGAGCUAAAUCUCACCGACGAAGGUCAUGCUCACCCUCCGUGCCUUCGAAGGCUUUCGCGUUGUCUGCUCGAGUGCAUUGACGCUUCCGUCAGAAUGAAUUAUUCAUCCAAAGUAGGAUUUUUGACGACGGACCAAGUGAGCAGAGUUUUUGCAGUGGGUCAAGGCCUCCUCACGCAGGACGGUUGGCUCGACAAAGGUUUCCGUCGCGAAACGCCGCUUUCAGGCAACGGUGCAGAGAUCAUCUCCUUCGGCAUCGCAUGGAGCCUUCAGCAGACAUCAGAGGAUCCAUGUUUGAACCACUACCUUAGCAGAAUGAAAGCAUUCGUCACAGUUGUUGGGGAGCUCAACGAUCCGCGUUUGUCAUGGCGCGUCAGGCACAGCGCUGCAGUUUCCGUUCAGAAUAGUACUCUGCUUCAAUGCCAAGGGAUCGGGGAGGAAAUGAAGCAGCUUCAACAUCAAGUGCUUCAGGAGGUUCUGAUCAUGCUACAGGAUCCCGACCCCGAUGUAAGAUCGGCCGCCACCAGCGCCGCACAGGACAUUCUCGACCUCGCCUUGGAUCCAAGCAACCGACAUCCACUUGUGUCGCAACGUGUCCUCGAGGAGACCUAUCAACGCGCCUCAACAAAAGACACACUUUUGCCCCAAACCGAGGAGUACGUUCUUGGUUUGCUUACUGGGAUCCACAAUCGUUGUCAAGGUUUGGACGCAAAGAUUGAAACUGUCCUGCGCGAGCUCAAACACACAGAAGCUUCGGUUGAACUGGACCAGCUGAUCAACGCAGGAACGGAAAGAAAGAUCUUUGAAGACGAAGGCGUCAACGAUCACGAAGAACCCCUUUUGGCCAACCAGCUAGCGAUACACAGCAUUCUUCACAGUAUGAGUUUGGAAGCGCUACCACCGAAUGCCACGACCGUGGCCAACAAGCUCAUCAACCAGUGCCAGAGUAUCUUGUCUCGCCUCAAGGAUCGCCACUCGCGAGAUCUGUUGCACGAGGUGACGCGAUUCAAUUCUGUCUUUGCUGAGAUUCACAGUCUGAUAACAGUUGCAGCUUGCCUGGUUUUCCUUGGAGCAAAUGGGGGCGCCACUUCCAAGCUCGCCGCCGAAAUGGUGGGACUCGAAGGUUCCACACUGCAUCCGUCGGUCAAGAGAGCACUGCAAAUAUUGGCAAGUAUGAAAAUGGCAUGCCCGAAUGGUCAUCAGGACAUUCACAAGUGUCUGUUUCUCCUUCCGGCGACAAUGCGGACCAUGUGA